CAAAAAUUUGGAUACCAGCAAGAUCACGAAACAGGCAAAGACAGCCCAAUUCGUACCUUUCAAACCAACUCACCGCCACAAUGUCGUCUCUACGCAAUAGUGUCCAGCGGCGAUCCCACCGCGAACGGGCGCAGCCGCUCGAGCGCGAGCGACUCGGCCUCCUCGAGAAAAAGAAGGACUACCAGAAGCGGGCGAAGGACUACAACAAGAAGAAGGCAGUGCUGAAAUCGCUGCGGCAAAAAGCGGCCGACCGCAACGAGGAUGAGUUCUACUUCGGCAUGAUGUCGCGCAAGGGCCCCGGCGCCUCCAUCACGAGGGGCAAGUCCUUCACCGGCAACGUCGACGGCGACCGAGGAAACAAGGCCAUGGACGUCGAUACCGUCCGCCUGCUCAAGACCCAGGAUCUGGGCUACGUCCGGACGAUGCGCAACGUGGCUGCCCGCGAGGUGCGCGAGCUGGAGGAGCGCUUCAUUCAAGCCGGUGGGGCAGAGGUGGACGAGGAGGACGACGACAGCGACGAUGAUAUGGGCCCGUCGACGGCGGCGCCGCAGAAGCCGAAAAAGAUCGUCUUCUUUGACGGAGCCGAGGAGAGGGAGCAGGCGUUGGAACGAGCAGAAGACGAAGACGAAGCGAUGCGGGACCUAGAAGACGAGGACGACCGGAAAGCGGCAGCGGCGGACAAGAAAGCACAGAACCUGGAGAAGCUGGAGCGGAGGUUAAAGGCUGCCAAGAAAAAGUUAAAGACGCUGAAAGACGCCGAGUACGAGCUGGAGCUACAGAAGGCCAAGAUGGCGAAGACGGCGACGUCGGGCGGGAUCACGAAGAGCGGUCGGAAGAUCAAAGUACGAGAGAGGAAGAGGUAGCGGACAGGAGACCGUCACUUUUUCCAUGUUUCUUUUUUACAGAUGUCUGUCAUACCAAAUUUCCUCCGGGGCGAGAGUCUGGCCUCGCCCUUCGGGGUAUUAUGCAAUACCCAACGCCAGAAUUAUCAU